AUGAUGAUGUCAGUAUCUACUGCUCAACCGUCCUUGGUUACUUCUACUCUUCUCGCUGUCGCUAUUAUUUUCCCGGUUCUGGGUACCCUCGCCGUCGGAUUGCGAUUUUAUACCAAAAUUACCAAGACACAGAAGCUGACUAGUGAUGAUUGGGUUUGUGCGUUGGCCCAGCUUGCCGCAUGGGGGAUCUCGAUCGACAUUUUCGUGGCAGCAGGACUAGCAGGCAUCGACUACACGUACCCAUCACUGGAUCCUCUUUCUGCUGCCGCCAUUUUCCUUCGCACUCUGUGGAUUGAGGGGUUUCCCCUUAUAUUCAGUCUUACCUUUGUGAAGAUUGCCAUUCUCCUCUUCUAUACACGCAUCUUCACUACCACCAGGUUCAAACUGGCCGUACACAUUUACGUUGGCAUUUUGACAGCGUGGUGUAUUGCUAUAACCAUAUGCCAGCUCCUUGCGGCCAACCCCAUCCAAAAUGUUUGGAAUCCGCUGGCCACCACCCCCCUGCGGUUUGACUAUAACGGGUUUUCACUAGCCUUCGCGGGCAUGAGUAUUGUCUUCGACGUCGUCGUACUUUGCUUCCCCAUUCCCGUCAUUCACAAAUUGCAGAUGAACUGGACGCGCAAGCUACAGCUCCUUGCUAUUUUCUGGCUCGGCAUAUUUUGCUGUGUCUCGUCUGCUGUGCGAUUCUACUAUCUCCACUCCGAGCUCAGGCAGACAGUCGCCGACACCAGCGCGAACCGUUACUUAAAUAUGUCAACCGCCUUUAUCUGGGGCACUAUUGAGCCUAACACUAGCAUCAUAGCCGCAUGCUUCCCAUGCUACGCUCCACUCUUUGCAAAAAAUCGUGGGCUCUCGACGCUGUUGGCGAAUUUCGGAUCCUUGUUCAGGAGCAGUCGCGACAGUAGAGCAAAGGCAACGAAGAGCUGUUGUCUGCUGUAA